AAAGGCCAAAAGCCCCCUCCGGCUUUUGGCGACGUUGCCCUAAAAAGAACAGUCUCUGCUCUCUCUCUCUCUCUUACUCUCUCCCCGCCGUGUUAGUCAGCUUAAGCUUACAGUGAUUAGCGAAAGAGAGGGAGAUGGGGAGCCGUGCAAACGGAGUCGUCGGCGGCAGCAGCGGCAAUGGGGCGGUGGAUAAAGGAGUUGAUUUUGCAAAUUACUUCUGCACAUAUGCAUUUCUUUACCACCAGAAAGAGAUGCUCUGUGAUCGAGUCCGCAUGGACGCUUAUUACAAUGCUAUAUUUCAGAACAAGCAUCAUUUCCAAGGAAAGGCUGUGUUGGAUGUAGGAACAGGAAGUGGCAUUCUUGCAAUCUGGUCUGCCCAGGCUGGUGCAAGGAAGGUCUAUGCUGUUGAAGCAACUAAAAUGUCAGAGCAUGCCCGGACCCUUGUUAAAGCAAACAAUCUUCAAGACAUUGUUGAAGUAAUCGAGGGCUCUAUGGAGGAGGUCGUCUUGCCAGAGAAAGUUGAUGUGAUUAUCUCUGAGUGGAUGGGUUACUUUCUACUGCGUGAGUCUAUGUUUGACUCAGUGAUAUUUGCUCGUGAUCACUGGCUUAAAUCAACUGGAGUCAUGUAUCCUAGCCAUGCACGCAUGUGGGUGGCACCUAUCCGAUCUGGAUUGGUGGAUCAAAAGAAAAAUGAUUAUGAAGGAGCAAUGGAUGAUUGGUUUGGGUUUAUAGAAGAUACGAAGAAUUACUAUGGUGUUGAGAUGAGUGUUUUAACAAAACCUUUCUCAGAAGAGCAGGAGAAAUAUUACCUGCAGACAUCAUUAUGGAGCAACCUUCAUCCACAUCAAGUUAUUGGGACAGCUGCUGUUAUUAAGGAGAUUGAUUGUUUAACUGCUACUGUAAAUGACAUCCUUCAAGUCAGAUCAACUUUUUCAUCUGCCAUCAGCAUGGAGCAUACUCGCUUCUGUGGAUUUGGUGGAUGGUUUGAUGUCCAUUUCCGAGGAAGAAGGGAGGAUCCAGCUCAGCAAGAAAUUGAGUUGACGACUGCACCGAGUACAAAUAAUGGCACCCAUUGGGGACAACAGGUUUUUCUCUUGCAUCCUCCUACUCAUGUUGAUGAAGGGAGCAAUUUCAAUGUUUCUUUCUCAAUGAACCGUUCUAAGGAAAACCAUAGAUUAAUGGAGGUUGACUUUGAUGUUAAGAUCAGCCAACCUUCUGGCCUAAUACUUCCACCAAUUAAGAAGAAGUUCUACGUAGAGUGAUGAAGGCGAUGGAUUUCCUAUUUUGCAGAUUUCAAUGCUUUUUUAAGGAUUCCAAAGGAAUAUAUUCUUGUUGCUGCAUCAUUGGGUCAUUCAGUUUUUUCUUUCUCUGGAUGGUUUGAGGUCCAAAAUAGAGCCUAAGGUGAUUUAACAGGAAGCUUCCAGCUCUGAUCAUCAGUACAUUUACUAAAGGAAGGGAGCUCACUGCACAAUACCCCGGCCGCCGAGUAGUGAUAUUGUACUUUCUCAAAUUGAAUAGUAUUAAUUGUAAAAGCGGAACAUGAUUCUUUUUGUGAAAAUGUGCGAGGGACAAGUUAUGAUGUCUUAAUCAGGCCAAAACCUAAAUUAUCUGAAAAUUUGUUAAACCUAGGAACCAAGAUCAGGGGAUAGCGUUAAGAAGUGGUUGCGCUAA